GUUGACCAGCAUCGCAUCUUACAAUAUGUGAAACAUCCAGUAUUAGACUUCUCCAAGGGCACCAGCUUCCUCUGUUUGCUGUCAUCUUGAAUAUCUUCUAUUCUUGCCAUUUCAUUCUCGAAGCUCAAGUAAAGUGGUUGAUUAUUCAGGAUCAUACUCUUGUUUGUCAUCGACGUUCAGAGUCCAUCAGCGACAAGCCUGAUAACCACUUGUUGAAUAUUUGUUUACAACACUCGUUGCUGUUCAGGGUGACACUUGACCAUCACUAUGAUUGCUCCUGUGCAGAGAGUUGUCAUCAUUGGUGCUGGGAUAGUUGGAACCAAUGUUGCUGACGAACUGGUAUCGCGAGGAUGGAACGACAUCACUGUUAUUGAGCAGGGCCCAUUGGACAUGCCGGGCGGGUCGACUUCACAUGCUCCUGGUCUGGUAUUUCAGACUAAUCCAUCUAAGACCAUGUCACUUUUCGCCAAGUACACGGUGGACAAAUUGCUAUCUCUAGAGAAAGAUGGUCAGUCCUGCUUCAACCAAGUGGGGGGUCUAGAAAUCGCAACCACUCCGGAAAGAGUUGAGGAGUUAAAAAGAAAGCACGGCUAUGCUUCUUCGUGGGGCAUUGAUGCGAAACUACUCUCCCCAACGGAAUGCUUCGAAAUUUAUCCGAACUUGAACAAGGAUAUGGUCCUUGGUGGCCUCCAUAUCCCAAGUGAUGGUCUGGCACUGGCCGCAAGAGCUGUACAGCUCUUAAUCGAGCGAACCCGCAAGGCCGGCGUCAAGUACAUUGAUUGCACACCAGUUACUGGCAUCCAGCAGGCUGAGGGCCAAGUUACCGGCGUUAUCACAGGUGAAACCACUGUUCCGGCAGAUAUCGUUAUUUCCUGUGCUGGAUUCUGGGGCGUGGAAUUGGGUGCCAUGGUCGGCUUGUCGAUUCCUUUGUUGCCCUUAGCUCAUCAAUAUGUCAAAACAACAUCUGCACCAGCCUUAGCCGGUUUGAAUAAAUCUCCAAAUGGGGCCAGCCUCCCAAUUCUCCGGCAUCAAGAUCAGGACCUCUAUUAUAGGGAGCACGGAGAUAAGUACGGCAUUGGCUACUAUGGCCAUCGCCCCAUGCCUGUCGUUGCGGCGGAGUUGGGCAUUACAGCAAAGGCUGUCGACGAAAAGAAUAUGCCAUCACGUCUCCAAUUCACACCUGAAGAUUUUGCACCUGCGUGGACUGAAUCCAAGUCCCUUCUUCCAACUCUCAAGGAUACCGAGAUUGAAGAUGGAUUUAAUGGAAUCUUUUCGUUUACACCGGAUGGGGGACCCAUCGUUGGACACCACCCGACGCUCAACGGAUUUUACGUGGCAGAGGCUGUCUGGGUGACACACUCUGCAGGUGUGGCACGGGCAGUGGCCGAGGUUCUCACCAGUGGAAGGUCCAAAAUCGACCUCGCCGAAUGUGAAUUGUCUCGCUUCGAAGAUGUUCAGCUUACGAAGGCCUACAUCAACGAGACAUCGCAACAAAACUUUGUUGAAGUGUACGACAUUCUCCACCCGCUCCAACCAAAAGAGUCUCCUCGUAAUCUCCGUGUGAGUCCAUUCUAUCAGAGACAGCGUGAGCUUGGGGCUUUCUUCCUCGAAGGCGGCGCCUGGGAGCGACCAUACUGGUUUGAAUCAAAUCAAGAUCUCGUGAAAGAUCUGCCGGCAGAAUGGCAGCCAGUUGAACGUGACGCCUGGUCGUCGCGAUUCUACUCGCCUAUUGCUGCAGCAGAGGCAUGGAAGACACGAACCGCAGUGGCGAUGUAUGACAUGACACCUCUUCGCAGACUAGAGAUUGUUGGACCGGGGGCGGUGGACCUUCUGCAGAGGCUAUGCACAGGAGAUGUCUCUAAGAAACCAGGCGCAGUCACCUACACUCUUCUACUCAAUGAAUACGGCGGUGUCCGCAGUGAUAUCACUGUUGCAAGGCUGGAAACAGAACUGUUCCAAGUUGGUGUCAACGGACCGAUUGAUUUGGCAUAUUUCUCUCGAGAAGCACGAUGGCAAAGCCAACAUACGCCUGGCAAAUGGGCACACGUGCGAGAUAUUACGGGAGGAACCUGCUGUAUUGGUCUCUGGGGGCCCCUUGCCCGUGAAGUUAUUGGACAAGUCAGCACCGAUGACUAUACGAAUAAAGGCCUCCGUUAUUUCCGUUGCAAGAAGGUUUCGGUUGCAGGAAUCCCUGUUACUGCUAUGCGUCUAUCUUAUGUUGGUGAGCUUGGCUGGGAACUCUACGCCAGCGCCGAAAAUGGACAGCGUUUGUGGGAUGCACUUUGGAAGGCUGGUCAGGCGCACGGAAUCAUUGCAGCGGGGCGCACAGCCUUCAACUCAUUGCGUCUUGAGAAAGGCUACCGAUCAUGGGGUACUGACAUGACGACCGAGCAUAAUCCAUACGAAGCUGGAGUCGGAUUUGCAGUUAAAGCUGGAAAAGAAGACUAUGUUGGCGCUGCUGCGCUUGAUGGUGUCAAUAAGGAUACACCGUCUCGACGACUUCGUUGUCUCACCGUUGACGACGGUCGUUCCGUCGUUCUAGGUAAGGAGCCAGUGUUUCACGAGGGUAAACCCGUGGGUUAUGUCACCAGUGCCACCUUUGGUUACACAAUCGGGAAGCCGAUAGCCUACGCUUGGCUCCCAGGUACUCUGGAGGAUGGGGCUUCCACGGAGAUUGAGUAUUUUGGAAAGCGGAUAGUGGCGACCAUCACUCCAGAGCCCCUUUAUGACCCUAAAAUGACUCGUCUACGUGGUUAACUGGCUGGGUUCUCAGAAUCCGUAUAUACUUAAUUCGAUGUGUACGUUGCCUCCAUUUCUUUAAGACCUGAAACUUGGAUGUGUACACCCUUCAUGAUGAUUUAUUA